CCGGAAGUGACUUAGGGCCCUUGGCAGAUCCCGCAGUCCGAGGCUGCAGGAAGAGCUCGGGCACCGUGUGCACGCAGUGCUCGGGCUCGAUCCUGCCUCCCCGGAUCCCGGAGGACUUUGGCUGCAGCCUCUGGUCUACUCCCUAAGCACAGUCAUGUCUGGUAACGACAACGUGGCCCCAACGGCGCAGGAAGAAAACAGCCCAAACAUGAGAGUGAUUCGCGUGGGUACCCGCAAAAGCCAGCUGGCUCACAUACAGACGGACAGUGUGGUGGCAACCCUGAAAGCCUUAUACCCAGGCCUGCAGUUUGAAAUCAUUGCUAUGUCCACCACAGGAGACAAGAUUCUCGAUACUGCGCUCUCUAAGAUCGGAGAGAAGAGCCUGUUUACCAAGGAGCUGGAACAUGCUCUGGAAAAGAAUGAAGUGGACCUGGUCGUUCACUCCCUGAAGGACCUGCCCACAGUGCUUCCCCCGGGCUUCACCAUUGGAGCCGUCUGCAAGCGGGAGAAUCCCUACGAUGCUGUUGUCUUUCACCCCAAAUUUGUGGGGAAGACCCUAGAAACUUUGCCAGAGAAGAGUGUGGUGGGAACCAGCUCCCUGCGGAGAGCAGCCCAGCUGCAGAGAAAGUUCCCACAUCUGAAGUUCAAGAGUAUUCGAGGAAAUCUCAACACGCGGCUUCGGAAGCUGGAUGAGCUGCAGGAGUUCAGUGCCAUCAUCCUGGCCGCAGCUGGCCUGCAGCGCAUGGGCUGGCAUAACCGGGUGGGGCAGAUCCUGCGCCCAGAGGAAUGCAUGUAUGCUGUGGGUCAGGGGGCCCUGGGUGUGGAAGUCCGAGCCAAGGACCAAGACAUCUUGAAUCUGGUGGGUGUGUUGCAUGAUCCUGAGACUCUGCUUUGCUGCAUUGCUGAACGGGCCUUCCUAAGGCACCUGGAAGGAGGCUGCAGUGUCCCAGUGGCAGUGCACACAACUCUGAAGGAGGGGCAGCUGUACCUGACUGGAGGAGUGUGGAGUCUCGAUGGCUCAGAUAGCAUGCAGGAGACCAUGCAGACCACCAUCCAGGUCCCUGCCCAGCAUGAAGAUGGCCCUGAGGAUAACCCACAGCUGGUGGGCAUCACUGCCCGAAAAAUUCCACGAGAAGCCCAGUUGGCUGCUGAGAACCUGGGCAUCAGCUUGGCCAAUUUGUUGCUGAACAAAGGAGCCAAGAACAUCCUAGAUGUUGCACGGCAACUUAAUGAUGCCCACUAACUGGUGUGUGGGGCACAGGUGCCGGGGUUACCAUUGUCCCAGGCCUGCGUCCCAGCCCCCAGGGCCCCGUUCUCACUGCUAACUCAGAGGUGGUUGCUCCAGGGGACUGAACUGCAGGGCCAGACUUCCAGGACUUGCCUGGCCUUUGGGGCCUUGGUGACUGCCUUGCUUCCGCAGUAGGUGGGGCAAGGGGGUGUCAUCUCUUUAGAGAAAAAGCCCAAGCCACAGCUGUUUGAAUGUAACCAAUUCUACCAAUAAACCAGCUUUUAAGUAGA